AGCUCGCUCAGUUUCUAACCGAUCAGUGUACUGAGAGGACGUGUCGCUUAACGUGAAAAUGUGUAAUGUUUGUACCCGAGAAGUAACGGCGCCGAAGCCGGCGGCAGCCAAGCCGAGCAAGACCUUGGAAAGGAUGAAGAUGAAGCACAACAUCGUCACCGACCCCACCAAUAUAGAGAAGCAGAAGGAGGUGGAAUACCAGCCCGACCUGCUGGCUAUGUCCACUCAAUUCUCCAAGCUGGCCUUCGACAUCAUCAAGCAGAGUCUAGAGCGUUUCAAAGACACGAAAGUUUACGCUAUCGCUACAAGGACGACCCAGCCGUUCCACGUGGCGCUGGCUGUACUCGUGGUCGUCAUCUGGCUGACUCGCUCGGGCUCCUCCUCGGACCUGAGGGGCUGGAAGGCGCUGUACGUCAUAGCGGUCGCCACACACCUGGGGUCACAGAUCUGGAUGACGCUAGUAUCAGGUAUAGUGUUGUACUUCUCUCUGCCCCGGCAUGAGUUUGGUCGCGUGCAAACCGUACUUUUCCCUGUGUACUACGCGUUCAACUCCGUGGUGAGCCUGCUGGCUGUCCUCGCCUACUUCAGGACCCAGUGCCUCACGCGCUUCGAAAACACAUCCUGGAUACAACUAGCACUACUGUUAGUGGUAUUCAGUAUUGAGGCGUACGUGCGUCUGGGUCUAGUGGCGCCCAUGUUGCGCGCCAAACACGUCAAGACCCAGAUGGAGGAAGCGGCCGGCGGCGGACAGGAAGUCGGUAGUCUGAUCCUGGGAGAGCUGGCCCACUGUCCUCGCUACCUGCGCGUGCUGCGCACCUUCCGUGCCUAUCACUCGUCUAUCGCCAUGGGCACCAUGAUAACCUUGGGAUGCUCCUUCUACUCCACCAUGAUCGUGGUCGACUCCAUGUGCCAUUGAAACAGCUGAUUCGAGGCUAUUAUAUCGAAUAUUUAAUACUUUUAGCACCGACUCUAAACAAUUGUGUGCGCCCGACCUUAUCUUUACUAGUAUUAGAAACUACCUUAAUCUCUUACGAGCAUUGUCAGCCGAUGGAUAUGCACUAUAUUUAUAUUUAUAUGACGCAACUUAGACUUUCUCAACAUAAAUAUUGACGUGUUCACAAAAUAGUUUUAUUAAUUAGAUAUCCCCUUUCAUUAAACGAAUGGAAACAAACAGACAGUUGUUAUUAAUAUAUAUUUGAGAACGUUUAAGAGUGCAUUACUCGAAUGCAAUACUUGCUCCACGUCAGGCUGUGAGGUCUGUUUGAUUAGACUUUUUUUUUUUACUUUUAGUCAAUGAGGCGCUGGUCGCACUGUUUAGUUAGAAGAGUUCGUUCUAAAUUGCAUUAAAUUUUAUAAUUGAUGCUUAUUAAAUUAAUACAUUUUUAUUAUUUAACUUAUUAGUUAUAGAUAUGAAUUGGGUUUUGAAUGCGUCGAAUAGGAAUUCAAUUUAUGUUUGUGCUAGUUUGUGUUAUGUAAUUUAGGUAAUUAAAAGUAUAUAAAAUUUUUAAUCAUAGUAUAGAUUUCUGUAGAGAAGAUUUCUUGCCAAUAUAAUUGAAGGUGUUUCUCGAUUUUAUUGUUAACCGAACUGCAAAAAUGUCUCAUUCAAUGAUAUAAAACUUUCAUGCCAUUAAGAAAAAUCGUAAAGUGAAUAUGUAUUAUCUCUAAAACCGCAUAAAAGCGGCCGGCACAUCACUAAGCUGCUUGAUUUAACUGCUUUCUGAUAACUGCCAUAAAGUUUAGUGUUAGAGUAAAUUAAGUAUUAACAGCCAUCAGCAUCCACAGUAAAGGAAUAGCAGGGAUCAGCGAGGUUGUGUAUUUUAUUGCUAGGUUUUUAUUUAAAAAGAUAAUGUUAUCUUGGUAAGAUCUAGUCAGCAAUAAAAAGAAUGUGAUCCUUCAAUCGCAGUAUUAUUUUGUAGGGAAGAUUCAGGAUUGGUCGCACUCGCGAUCAAGCAGCUUAACGCAAGCUGGUGUACAUGUGUUUAACCUUAUUAUAUGAUCUGAAUGUAAAAAUAUAAGAAUUUAUUAUUUAUUCGAGAGAAUGAUAAAAGUAUUUUAAACGGAAUAUUAAACAAAUUCGAAUUGACA